AUCUGCAUCUUUUUGUCCCAAACUGCGAACAAAACAUGAACGUCUAUAGUUUUCUAUUGACUCUUUUUUUAUCUUUUGAAAGUCCAGGCCAUUUCACCUGUGCAACAGGAGGUCACCAACUUUGUUUUACCUACGGAUGCUUUGACUCGAGUGGCAUCUUCCUCACUGUGACAUUGGAUGACGAUGAAGUGUGUUAUGCAGAUUUUAAAAAUAACAUUUUGGUUUGGGACAGCAAACUAGCAACAGCUGUUGAAUAUGAAUGGGCUUACAAAUAUGCAGAAGUGUGUCAAGUUCAAUGUAAAAAAGAUAUAUAUCGAUGGAAAGUAGACCCAGAUGUUAGAAGGACUACAGACCGACCAGAAAUGAUUAUUUACCUGAGAAAUGAGCUGUUUGAAGAUGAAGAGAACACCCUUGUGUGCUUCAUCAACAAAUUUUACCCUCCUGCGCUCAACAUCAGUUGGACCAAGAAUAAUAAAGAAGUGGCAGUGGAAGACCCCUUCUUCAAAAUUGUAUCCAACUCUGAUGGGACAUUUCAUGUCUUCUCCUAUCUGAACUUUGUUCCAAAGCAAGGAGACAUCUACAGCUGCACUGUAAAACAUGAGGCACUAGAGGAACCUGAGACCAGGACCUGGGAUGUUGAAACAGAAGAGAGGGGUAUGGGUCCAACUGUCUUCUGUAUCUCUGGUUUGAUUCUAGGGAUUCUUGGAAUUGCUGCGGGAAUUUUCUUUUUUGUGAAAUGAAAGAUGUGUUGUGACGGUCAAGAUUUUGCUGAUUAAUACAUGAAAUAAUUAAAUAUAUAUUGUUUCGUUUUAAGAUCAUUUACAUAUCACAGACUUUCAUUUUUGUCAUUCCUGGGAAACCUUUAAUUCGUUCAGGAUUAUUUUUAUUAUUUCAUCGAAGUUGUUAUGAUUGACUUCAUGUUCAAAGAGUUAUGUUCAUUUCCUUUCAUGGCUAUGAUAGAAUAAAAAGUUCUCAAAUUUUUUUUUUUUUUGUUUAAACUUUUUAUAUAGAGUUCAAAAGUGAAAAGAGCCGUUUUGUCACAGGUCAGAACAGGGGACCCAGUAUUCAAGGCAAGACAGACAGUGGGAUUACUCAAAAAGUGUUUCUUAGAACUGCAAAUCUGCAGUGGCAGCUGCUAGGGCAACUAA